CCUACUUCCUUCCUGCUGCGGGGGCGGAGGCUCCGGGGAACCCUUUUUCCAACGCCGAAGGCCACACCGACAACUAGGUCGUUGGCUUCCACGCUUGGGGAAACGAGUUCCUUCUGUUGGAGACGUAACGCCCUCGGCAACCGGCCUGGCGGCGGCGCGGCCUUAAACUAGGGAGGCGGAGCUGAGACGGGGUCGAAACUGCCUGCUAACUUCAGGACCAGGUGGGAAACUUGGGGCCCAGAUGGUAGUUUGUCUGAUCCUUCAAAGAGGAGCCAUAUCCUAUUGCUGCCUUCUCCCUGCACCUACCCCCACCGCAUCCCCAUCUCAUCCCAGGCUGGAUAGGCAGUGAGUCAAGCCCUCUUAACGACAGAGAUCCAGGUUUAAAUUUUUGAAAUUGAAAUAGGUCUACACAUUAGGAACUCAUGUCUUUUCUUGUAAGUAAACCAGAGCGAAUUAGGCGGUGGGUCUCGGAAAAGUUCAUUGUUGAGGGCUUAAGAGAUUUGGAACUAUUUGGAGAGCAGCCUCCGGGUGACACUCGGAGAAAAACCAAUGAGGCAAGCUCAGAGUCGAUAGCAUCCUUCUCCAAACAGGAGAUCAUGAGUAGCUUUCUGCCAGAGGGAGGGUGUUAUGAGCUACUCACCACUAUAGGCAAAGGAUUUGAGGACCUGAUGACAGUGAAUCUAGCAAGGUACAAACCAACGGGCGAGUAUGUGACGGUACGAAGGAUUAACCUAGAAGCUUGUUCCAAUGAGAUGGUGACAUUCUUGCAGGGGGAGCUCCAUGUCUCUAAACUCUUCAACCACCCCAAUAUCCUGCCGUACCGAGCCACCUUUAUUGCAGACAAUGAGCUGUGGGUUGUCACGUCAUUCAUGGCGUAUGGUUCUGCAAAGGACCUCAUCUGUACACACUUCAUGGACGGCAUGAAUGAGCUGGCAAUUGCUUACAUCCUGCAGGGGGUGCUCAAGGCCCUGGACUACAUCCACCACAUGGGAUAUGUGCACAGGAGUGUCAAAGCCAGCCACGUGCUGAUCUCCUCGGACGGGAAGGUCUACCUGUCGGGUUUGCGCAGCAACCUCAGCAUGAUCAGCCACGGGCAGCGGCAGCGUGUGGUGCACGACUUUCCCAAGUACAGUAUCAAGGUCCUGCCUUGGCUCAGCCCGGAGGUCCUCCAGCAGAAUCUUCAGGGUUAUGAUGCCAAGUCUGACAUCUACAGUGUGGGAAUCACUGCCUGUGAACUAGCCAAUGGCCACGUCCCCUUUAAGGACAUGCCUGCCACCCAGAUGCUGCUGGAGAAACUGAACGGCACGGUGCCCUGCCUGCUGGACACCAGCACCAUCCCCGCUGAGGAGCUGACCAUGAGCACGUCGCGCUCAGCGGCCAACUCCGGCCUGAGUGAAAGCCUGGCCACCAGCACCCCCAGGACCUCCAACGGCGACUCGCCAUCCCACCCCUAUCACCGCACCUUCUCUCCCCACUUCCACCACUUUGUGGAGCAGUGCCUUCAGCGCAACCCGGACGUGAGACCAAGUGCCAGCACCCUCCUGAACCAUUCUUUCUUCAAGCAGAUCAAGCGACGUGCCUCAGAGGCUUUACCUGAGUUACUUCGCCCUGUCACCCCCAUCACCAAUUUUGAAGGCAGCCAGUCUCAGGAUCAAAGUGGAAUCUUUGGCCUGGUAACAAACCUGGAAGAGCUGGAGGUGGAUGACUGGGAGUUCUGA